AUCUUGCGCUGUCCUGGCACAGCAAACUACUCCUCCUCUCCUCCUAGCGAAGAGAAGGGAAAGGGUAGCGAAGCCGCCAUCGGCGUCGGCGAGCGAGGAGAAGCCAAAUUCCUCUACUCGAUCCGAGCUCCUUCGAUUCGAUCCACCUCGUCUCGGUUCCUCUCCACCCCGCCUGCCAAGAUGAGUUUCUUGUUCGGGAAGCGGAAGACGCCUGCUGAGCUCUUGAGAGAGAACAAGAGAAUGCUGGAUCGAUCAAUAAGGGAAAUUGAACGAGAAAGACAGGGAUUGCAAGCCCAGGAGAAAAAACUCAUUACUGAGAUUAAGAAAACAGCAAAGGAAGGCCAGAUGAAAUUGGAUAACCUGCCGAUGAAGUGGUGGAAGGUCGUGGAUGAACAAUUCCACUUUGCUGCUAAAAAUGGACAGGGUGCUGUCAAAGUAAUGGCCAAAGAUCUUAUUCGAACACGGCAUCAGAUCACAAAGUUUUACCAACUUAAAUCUCAGCUUCAAGGAGUUUCUCUAAGAGUUCAGACGCUGAAAUCUACACAAGCUAUGGGUGAUGCCAUGAAAGGUGUUACAAAGGCUAUGGGUCAGAUGAACAGGCAGUUAAAUCUGCCAGGAUUACAGAGGAUUAUGAUGGAGUUUGAGCGACAAAAUGAGAGAAUGGAGAUGACGAGUGAAGUCAUGGGGGAUGCUAUAGAUGAUGCUUUGGAGGGAGAUGAGGAUCAAGAGGAAGAAACUGAGGAGCUUGUGAAUCAAGUCCUUGAUGAAAUUGGCAUUGAUAUUAACCAAGAGCUUGUAAAGGCCCCUUCGGCUGCCGUCGCUCAGCCCGCAGCAGCAGGAAAGGUUGCGCAGGCUGAAUCUGCUGGUGGGAAUGGUGACGGUGGAAUCGACGCGGAUUUGCAGGCGAGGCUGGACAAUCUGAGGAGAAUGUAGAUUUCCGACCGGUGCUGUGCUGCACUAACUAAAAAAAGAGUGCUAGUGCCUUGUAGCACCAUAUCUUGUGAAUAUGUAUUUUCUACUAAAAGAUUUGCAAGUGUACUUAGAGAUUUGGAAAUACAUACUCGAUAUGUGGUAUACUUUAUACUAAUAAUGAUCGAUGAGCAACCUCUUUGCUCCGAUGUGUCAUUCUUCUUACAGAAGUACCGAGUGAUGGAAAUUUGAGAUUGAUUUUCAAGA